CCUCUCGACGGCCGAGAGGAACUGCCGCGCCAAGAAGAACCAGAAGCUGAAGAAAGCCAGAGCUCUAUUACACUGCCGAAUUCAACUCUUUCUUCUUUCUAAUUGUAUUUUUCUGUCUAGGUUUUUUUUGAUUUUAAGCUCCUGAAGUUUUGAUAAGCUCGAAGAGUUUGAUCUUCCCAUGGCGACGGCUUCUCACGCAGUAGCUGUCAAGUCCCUCAAUAAGUCCCCUGGUCGCCGGCGUUUUGUUUUCCAGACAUUCUCUCAGAGAUUACAAGAAAUUGACAUCGAUGUAUACAGAAGCCUCGAUAAAGUAAAGUCCGAGCCAUCCGAGGGAUCCUCCUUUUUCCGGGACUGUCUUAUGGAAUGGAGGGAAUUAAAUACCGCAGAGGAUUUUAUUUCUUGUUACGAAGAAAUCAUUCCUCUGGCACAAACAUUACCUCUGGUGAUACUGCACAAGGAGUCCAUAUUUUCAAAUCUUCUUUCUAGAGUACAUAUAAAAGGGAGGCUAUCUCUGGAGCCUAUAUUGAGGUUGAUUGCAGCUUUAACGAGAGAUCUGUUGGAGGAUUUUUUGCCAUUCCUGUCUCCAUUAACUGAUGCAUUAGUGUCUCUCCUAGAAGGUGGUGCAGCAAGGGAGCCAGAAAUUGUUGAGCAGAUUUUUACAUCUUGGUCAUAUAUUAUGAUGCACUUGCAAAAAUAUCUUACGCGAAAUCUUGUCCAUUUGCUAAAGGUUACUGUGCCAUUAAGACAUUACCCCAAAGAGUACAUUCAAGAUUUCAUGGCUGAGGCGACAUCAUUUUUGCUGCGGAAUGCACCAGUUGAUCAGCUAAAAAAUGGAAUUAAACAGAUAAUAUUGGAAGUUGUUAAAAAACCUUUAGCAACUAGAGAAUAUGGUGCUAGUGCUCUGCUAUUUCACACAAUGAGAGGAACCUCAUCAAGGUUUCAUUCAAGAGCAGAGCUGGUGUUUCGCUUUUUGAUCAGUGGUCCAACAUUUGAAAGUGGCCUAGACUCUAGCCAAGGUUCAGACGCUAUUCUAGAAGUGAUCAAGUGUGUGUGUCAGAGAUUAUGUGAAGAAAUGGAACCCAAGGAAUUGGAUAUGAUAUGGAAAUGCUUGAUUGAAGAAAUAAUGGAUGCCAUUACAAAUGGUUACGUGCUUCGAAUAAAUCAACUUUUGAUGCUGCUUACUUCAGCAGUUCAGAAUGUGAAUUGGAAACAAAUUUCUGAUUACAAACCGAUGCUUGAGCUUGUAGAUUUACACAUGAUGAAAUUUAUCACAACUACAAGCCUUACAAUGGAAGAUGGCUUAUCCAAAAUCAUAGAUUCGAUUCUGCAAUUAAUGUUGGUUAUUCUUGAUGGUCUUCUAAGUUCUGAGGACUCUCUAUCUAUUUCUAAUUGUUCGUUGCACUGGGCUCCAAUAUUUCAAUUAAAUAGCAGUUGUUUAUUGACUUUUGUACGAGAAGUAAUGGGGAAGGACACUAGUGUACUAUGUGCAUUCAGAACUAACAUCUUAAGAACAAUGAAUGAAUUGUUAGAAUCUUUCCGUGAAGAGGUUGUCUAUCUUCUUCUUUCCUUCUGCGAGAGAUUACCAACAAAAGUGUUAUGUACAUCCGAAGAGGAGGUUCCAAGGAUUUUGAACUUUUUCCAAAAGAUUCUUGGUCAUUGGAUUAAAGAGAUAGCUGAUUUCAUGCAAGGCAGUUCUAAUGAUAUUGAUGAAUCUGAGUUGGCUAUUUUUUGGGGUGUUAUUCGUUGUUGUCCAUAUAUUCUAAACUUUCAAGCCAAUUCAUCCUUACUAGUGGACUUGAUUGACGCACUUGAUCGGCUUUGUACAGUUGAAGGUAACAUAUUUGGUGUUCCUAAAGAAAAUUGGGAAAGCUUAAUUGGUGCGACUAUAGGUUCUUACCUUAAGUUGCUUUCCCAUGAGAAGGCUGGGCUUGAAGAAUCAAAAAGGCUUGUGUACCUUGCAAAAAGAUAUAGCUCAUGUUCACAAGUUUUGGUAGCUGUAGCUGAUUAUUUGGAAUUUAUUCAUGGGCCAGCAUUGGAAGUUGACGUUAGCAAAAGAAUUUAUUCAGAAGAGUUUCAAGCAGAUAAAGUUGAGGAUGCAGUACAAGUGUUUGCAGAUAAUCUGCGUCACCCAGAUAAGGUUGUUCGUAUGUCUACUCUCAGAAUCUUGUGUCACUAUGAGCCUUUGCGGUCUGGAAUCCUUAUAAAGGACCCUGCAACUGAUAACGAGAUGGAAACUGAAAAUUUGGAAUCAUGCUCCGAUGAUUCGGUUGGCAGUGAGGUUCUUCGGCUGCUCCUUUCUAUUGAAUCGACUCCUACUUCAAUAUCUACGAGCAGAAAGAUUAUAUUAUUAAUCUCUAGAGUUCAGAUGGUCUUGUUGUCUGAAAAGAUUCCUGAGGCUUACUUAUUGGUUGCUUUGAAUGGUAUUAUUGGCAUUUUCCAAAACCGCUUUAGCUAUAUUUGGGAUCAAGCAUCUGAAUGUCUUGCAUCUUUAAUCAGAAGACACUCAAGAGUUGUGUGGGAUAAAUUAAUCUGUUAUUUUCAGCAGUGGUUAUUUCUACUUGAUCAACCGGACAGAGAAACCGUUGAAUCAUCUGAUGAACUACAUGAUCUAGUCAGAUGUUUCCGCUCAUUUGUUGUUCCUUCACCAGACAGUACACCACUCUAUACUCUGCUAUCCUUGGUGCUCCAAUCAUUACAAAAAAAUUCGACUAUUGUUGAAUCUCAGUCUCGUCAGAUUUUGCCUCUGUUCUUCACAUUUUUAGGCUACAACACUGAUAAUGUGGAAAGUGUGUAUUCAUUCAAACAAUAUACAUGUAAAAGCAAGGAGUGGAAAUGUGUGCUCAAGGAUUGGUUAAACUUGCUGAGAAAUACCCGUAACCUGAAGUCAUUUUACAAGAGUGAUUUUCUUAAAGAAGUUUUGGAGCAAAGGCUUUUGGAUGAUAAUGAUGCUGAAAUACAAAGCAAGGUCCUUGAUUGCCUCUUAAUCUGGAAAGAUGACUUUUUGAUUCCAUAUGAACAUCACCUAAAAAACUUGAUCUCCCCCAAGACUUUGAGAGAAGAACUUACAAGGUGGAGCUUGUCAAAAGAAAAAAAUCAAAUUGAUGAUCGGCAUAGACCUAAUCUCUUACCUGUAGUUACUCGCUUAUUGAUGCCAAAAGUCAGAAAAUUGAAGGUUCUUGGUUCCCGCAAGCAAGCCAGUGUAAAUCUUCGAAAAGCUGUCCUUCAGUUCUUUGCACAACUUGAUACCACAGAGCUUCCUCUUUUUUUUGCUCUGCUAUUGAAGCCCUUGAACAUUAUUCCAAAGGAGGCUGAUGCUAGUGCUUACUCACGCCCAGUUUCAAUGAAUACUUCAGCAACUAACAUCUUGAAAUACUUCUCAGCAGAAAGUAUAGUAGCAUUGUCAUGGAAGAAGAAAUUUGGUUUUAUGCAUGUUAUUGAAGAAGUUCUUGCAGUUUUUGAUGAAAUGCUUGUUAGUCCAUUUCUCAAUAUGAUAUUGGGUUGUGUUGUCCGAGUAUUGGGAAGUUGCACAUCAAGUCUUCACGCGGCAAGGAAAAAUGAAGAGUCUUUAGUUGAAAAUGAAAAGAUGUGUGACAAGAAUUCACUUGAGAUCAACAAAGAAACCGCAUCCCCUGGCCUGACCAGUACAGCCGUGAAGCAGUAUAAAGAUUUAAGGUCUUUGUGUCUCAAAGUCAUUUCUUUCGUUCUCUACAAAUACGAGGAUUACGAUUUUGAAAUUGAGUUCUGGGGCCUAUUUUUUAUGUCUGUGAAAUCUUCAAUCGAAAGUUUCAAGCAUGAGGGCUCAAGUAGUGAAAAGCCAAGUUCACUUUUCUCUUGCUUUCUUGCCAUGAGUAGAAGCCACAAACUUAUGCCACUAUUGUCUAGGGAGAGGAAUCUUGUUCCUGAUAUUUUUUCAAUCCUCACCAUCUCAACAGCAUCUCAAUCCAUCAUAUCGUUUGUUCUUCAGUUUAUUGAAAACCUAUUGACAUAUGAUGGUGAGUUGGAUGACAAUGACAGUACUGUCAGAAGCGUUCUACUUCCAAAUCUUGAUUCACUCGUUCAAAACUUGCAUGUUCUUUUCCAAAGUGGUGAUGCUAAAAAGAGGAAAUUGGUAGAACACCUCAAUGGACCAAUGAUAAGAAUUUUCAAAUUACUCUCGAAGCUUGUAAGGGAUCCACUGCAUGCUAAGAUGUUUGUUGAAAUCUUACUCCCAUACUUAACUCAGAGUAGACAUACUUCUGGAUCUCAUGCCGAUACUCUGCAAGUAAUUCAGAAUGUGGUUCCCAUACUAGGGAGCGAGAGUACAACAAAAAUCUUGAAAGCAGUUUCUCCGUUACUGAUUUCAGUUGAGCAAGAUUUGCGUUUGCUUAUAUGUGAUCUUAUCCAUGCUCUUGCAGAAGUUGAUUCUUCCAUCCUCUGUGUGGCUCAAAUCAUCCGUGGUUUGAAUGCAACCUCUGCUAUGGACAUUGGUGGCCUUGAUUUUGACACGAUUGUCAAUAGUUAUGAAAAAAUUAAUGUGGAUUUCUUCUGUUCUACCUCAGUGGAACACGCUUUAGUUGUUCUAUCACAGUGCGUGCAUGAUAUGUCGUCAGAAGAACUAAUUCUAAGACAUAGUGCUUAUAGGUCUUUGCUCUCUUUUGUUGAAUUUUCUUCUUCAAUUCUUGGUCAAGGAGGGAUGGGUCACCAUGAAUCAAUUGAUAAUACGACAUUACCCGACAAUAGCUGGUUGAAAGUAAACAUCAUGCAGAUAACAAACAAAUUCAUUUUGAAGCAUAUGGGGCAAGCAAUGAACAGAGAGACCUCUAUUAAAAAGGAGUGGAUGAAUUUAUUGCGAGAAAUGGUGUUGAAAUUCCCUGAUGUGGCUAAUUUAUGUUCGCUGAAGGCCUUAUACAGUAAAGAUGCUGAAGUUGAUUUUUUCAGUAACAUAACCCACUUGCAGAAACUUAGAAGAGCAAAGGCACUGAUUCGCUUCAAAAAUACUAUCAGUACCGUCAACAUUCCUGAGGUCAUCACAAAGAAUGUCUUUGUGCCGCUGUUCUUCAAUAUGCUGUUUGAUUUACAAGAGGGAAAAACAGAGAAUAUUAGAGUUGCUUGUAUAGAGGCAAUUGCUUCAAUUUCUGGUCAAAUGGAAUGGAAGUCAUAUUUUGCUCUGUUAAGAAGAUGUUUUCGGGAUCUCACUAAACGCCCAGAUCAGAAAAAGGUUCUGUUGCGCUUGAUAUGUUCUAUUUUGGACAACUUCCAUUUUCAAGAGAAUACUUCAGUAGUUGGGUCAACACGCUUGUGUGGCAGUACGGUUGUGACAAGCGAUAUGCAAGCAUGCCUUAGUAAAUAUGUGUUCCCAAAGAUACAAAAAUUUAUGAACUCUCAGUCAGAAAGGGUUGAUAUUUAUGUUCAUCUUGCUGCACUAAAGGUGUUAAAAUUACUUCCAGAAGAUGUUAUGGAUUCACAACUUUUGAGCAUCAUCCAUCAUAUUGUUAACUUUUUGAAGAAUCGUUUAGAAAGUGUCCGUGAAGAAGCUAGAUCUGCAUUGGCUGCUUGUUUGAAGGAACUUGGAUCUGAAUAUUUGCAAGUUAUAGUUAGGGUUUUGAGAGGAUCUCUAAAGCGUGGAUACGAGCUGCAUGUGCUGGGGUAUACACUCAAUUUUAUAUUGACUAAGUUCUUUACUGCCCCAGCUUUUGGGAAGAUGGAUUAUCUUUUGGACGAUCUCAUUUCUAUUGUAGAGAAAGAUAUCCUUGGAGAGGUCUCCGAGGAAAAGGAGGUUGAAAAGUUGGCCUCAAAAAUGAAAGAGACAAGGAAACAGAAGUCCUUUGAGACACUGAAAUUGAUAGCUCAAAGCGUAACAUUUAAAAGCCACGCACUUAAGCUUCUUAGACCCGUUACUGAUCAUAUGAAGAAGCAUCUGACACCAAAAGUUAAAGCCAAAUUGGAAAAUAUGCUAACAAACAUAGCUGCUGGUUUUGAAAGCAAUCCUUCUGUCAACCAAACUGAUCUUUUAGUCUUCAUCUAUGGCCUCAUUGAAGAUGGAAUAAAAGUUGAAAAUGGACAGGGUGAAAGCACUUCGUUGCUUGAUGCAAACAAACGUUCUAAAGAUGUCUCCAGAGGAAAAAAUUUGUCAUGUCAGAUAAUACUUGCUAAGUCCCCCUGUUCACACCUUAUUAUGGUGUUUGCACUUAAGCUUCUGCAUGGGUACAUGAAGAAGAUGCAACUUGGAAAAGAACACGUUCCGUUGCUAUCAAUGCUUGACCCUUUUAUUUCCCUGUUAGGAAACUGCUUGACUUCUAGAUACGAGGAUGUUUUAUCAUUAACUCUUAGAUGUCUCACUCCAUUGCUGAGAUUGCCUUUGCCAUCUGUCAAAUCCCAAGCUGAUAAGAUCAAGGGAGUAGUGUUAAAUAUUGCUCAGAGUUCAGUAGAUCCAUGCAAUCCAUUAGUAGAAUCAUGUUUGAGGUCAUUAACUGUGCUUCUGCGAAAUGAACAAGUUACACUUUCCACAGAUCAGCUGCAUUUAGUAAUUCAAUUUCCAUUGUUUGUCGAUAUUCACAAGAAUCCAUCUUUUGUUGCCCUUUCACUUCUAAAGGCAAUUGUUAGUUGCAAACUUGUUGUCCCUGAGAUUUAUGAUCUUGCUAUUCGGGUAGCUGAAUUGAUGGUGACAAGUCAAGUUGAACCAAUACGGAAAAAAUGCAGCAAAAUCUUACUACAAUUUCUGCUUGAUUACCGUCUUUCAGAAAAGCGCUUGCAGCAACAUUUAGAUUUUUUGCUCUCCAAUUUAAGGUAUGAGCAUUCAACGGGAAGAGAAGCUGUUUUGGAGAUGCUUUUCACAAUUGUCGUUAAAUUUCCAAGAACUGUGGUGGAUAGUAUUUCUCAGACAUUAUUUGUUCAUUUGGUGGCUUGCUUGGCUAAUGAUCAGGAUAAUAAUGUUCGGUCUAUGACUGGUGCUGUAAUUAAGCGCCUAAUAGGUUGCAUAAGUUCUGGUCCUCUCCAUUCUAUACUUGAUUACAGUCUAUCUUGGUACUUGGGAGGAAAGCAGCAACUAUGGAGUGCCGCAGCACAGGUCUUGGGAUUAUUAGUUGAAACUGUAAAAAAGGGUUUUGAAAGACAUAUAAGAACUGUGUUGCCAGUUGCCAGAGGCAUUCUGCAGUCUGUUGUUGAUGUUACUACGAAUGAUCAAAUAGACAUUUCUGCAGAAACAACCACUACAUUUUGGAAGGAGGCAUAUUAUUCGUUGGUGAUGCUAGAGAAGAUGAUGCACCAAUUCCCGGAGUUAUUCUUUGAUAAGGAUUUUGAGGAUAUAUGGGAAAUGAUUAGUCAUCUGCUUUUGUACCCACAUAUGUGGAUACGUAGCAUCUCAAAUCGCUUGAUAGCGUCAUAUUUCACUACUGUGAUCGAGAAUAGCAGAAGAAAUUCUGAAAAAUCGCUAGGAGAUUAUUCUCUUAUGAAGCCAAGUAGACUCUUCUUAAUUGCUACUUCCCUUUGCUGCCAGUUGAAGUCGGACCUCACAGAUAAAGAUGCUGAUUUGAUUGUCCAAAACCUUGUUUUUGCUAUUUGUGGUUUGCAUUCUGUGAUUGGAAAAGUGGAGAGUACGAAUUCAUGUCCGUUCUGGUCUACGCUUGAACAACCCGAGCAAAGGCUUUUUCUCAAAGCAUUCCAGUUGCUUGACUCAGGAAAAGGAAGAAGCAUGCUUUUACCUCGAAUGACUGGUGUAUUCGACCAAGAUGAUGCUUGUCCCAAUAUCUGUUACCUUCUCGUCUCGAACUUGCUCAAGCAGAUGGGGAAGGUUGCUCUUCAAACAGAUACUAUCCAGAUGACUAUCGUUUUCAAUGUCUUCCGCAAUAUAUCAUCACAAAUCGCUGUAGAAGAUUGCGAACGAUAUGCUUUCGAAAUUUUGCUGCCUUUAUAUAGAGUUCGUGAAGGGUUUUCCGGAAAGCUAAUUACUGAUUCAAUGGUACAGUUGGCCCAAGAAGUUUGUGAUAAAAUACAGAAUUGUUUGGGCAUUCAGAAAUUUGUACAGGUGUACAGCCAGAUCAAGAAGCGUCUCAAGGUCAAAAGGGACAAGAGGAGGCAAGAAGAGAAGCGCAUGGCGGUCGUUAAUCCUAUGCGAAACGCGAAAAGGAAACUACGAAUUGCAGAAAAACAACGUGCCAGCAAGAGAAGGAAGAUAGCAACGAUGAGAAUGUCGAGGCGGAUGAUGUAGAUUAGAUGUAGAAAGGUAUCUAUUAUCAUCACUAAUACUAACAGGUAUAUUUCACCUCCCCGGUUACGUAAGAUCUUGGGUCCUUGAGUUAGAAGGGGUAUCAGAAGGAUCAAAACCAUACAAAUUGACCUCCCAGACUACGAUGAUCCAAUGUCUUCCCAGCACCGUCGAACGUACGAACUGCCAGCCACAGGUAUCGUCCCAGCUUUGUUCAUACAAGAACUGGCAUGAGAGGAUUAACUAUUCGAGAGACGAUUUGAUUAACUAGGAUUGUAGCCGUCGUAGUUUGGCCUGUGGUAUUGGCAAUUUUUGUUCAUUUAGUGUAUAAAUUAUUUAAUUUUGUUAGGAAUUUUGGCCUGUAUGCUUCCUUGUCAUAUAUAUUUUUGUUACACUUAGA